CAAGUGCCGCUAUAAAAUAAUUCCCCAAAUUACUUUCUUCCACUUAUUUCCUAAUGUUUCAGAUUUCCGCUUUUUCAUGAUGGACUAGCUCUACCACAUUUACCUACAGGCGCCAUCGAUGUUUUUGGAGUCAGCCUCGAAUUUCUGUAGGCAGGGCGAUAUAAGUAGUGAGAGGUAGUAGCCUACGCUUGAUGGAACAUCCUUGUAGGCCCACAAAAGUAUAAUCAUAUUAUUUUCAUCAGAAUAUACAGAAUGAAUGAUGGAAAGUGGAUACGAACUUCUUGUAGUACAUUUUAAAGAGUGGACUACCACUACCCCAAUUCCAACAAACCAGAGAGUAAGAAUAUAGCCACAUUUUUUUGCACUAAAUAAUUUAACACUUGAUGGAUUUUCCAGGAUCUUUUUCGAAAUGUCCCACAGUGCAGUUUUGAUAAGCCAAAAGUAUCACAGUCUUGGUACUAAAAAAAAAGUAUGUUCAGUGAGUUUAAUGAAAAUUUACAAUUACGAUGUUAUAAUUUUUUUUUGAAAGCAACAACAAUAGGAGUUCAUAUAUGCCAAUGUGUUAGGCCAAGCCAAGGAAGAUAAGGGUGAUUAUUUUUUUGAUGGUUUAAAAAUAUUAACCACACAAUUUUCCCUCGCUCAUGGUUAAGGCGAUUUUGCGGACGUCCGUGCAUGAGACGCACGCGCAUCGUACAUGAAAAAUUGCUGCAAAUCUGAACACUUUUGAAAACCUUCUGAGUAAAAUAAUGUAACAUUCGGCUAUAAAAGCACCUUUCAGGUCCACUAAAUUUCUAACAAGCCUUUAUGACAAUCAUUCCAUAAUGCAUUUUUUCAAAUUAGCUAUAGCUUUUCAAUCCGUGUGCACUGCACUCGUAGUUGGUCAAGAACUCAUUGAAAGUAGUACGAGCAUUGUCACUCCUGACGGAUGUUCGCUUACCAAAACAAGCCCUGGAUUUCUGAAGGAGUACUACACACUGCAGGGAAAAAAAUACAUUUACGGCUACUAUAAGGCUCCGCAGGAUGGUGUCUACAAGAUUACGACUCAGAAUGGAUGGGGAGCAUUGCAACUGCUUUACAUCGGUGACGGGAUCGCCGUCAAUUGUUGUUUGAACACGAUUCCAGGAGAUGGUGGCCAUUGUUUCCAAACUAAUCUGCAAUCAUCUUCUUCCAUUAGAGUAUAUUUUAGUGCAGGUGUUUACUAUCCAGUUAGAAUUGAAGGGUUUCCACUGCAGAGCGCGAUUAAAAUUUCUAUUACCCUACCAAACGGAUCGACCAUUCAGUUGAAGGACAACGUUGUGAGUACUAAGGAAAAUUCAAAGUAUUGCCCUGUUAAACCUUCAACUAGUUCAGUAAAGAGUAGCUCGACUAAAAAGACGUCAAGUGCCACUUCUGUAAAACCGUCAUCUGUUGUUACAUCUUCCCAAAUUUCUUCAACUAUAGCAACCCCUAGUGUUGAAGCUUCUAGUGCUGAACCUUCCAGUGCCGAACCAUCCAGUGCUGAACCAUCCAGUGCCGAGCCAUCCAGUGCCGAACCUUCUAGUGUGGAACCAUCCAGUGCUGAACCUUCUAGCAUGGAGCCAUCCAGUGCCGAACCUUCUAGCGUGGAGCCAUCCAGUGCCGAACCUUCUAGUGCUGAACCUUCUAGCGUGGAGCCAUCCAGUGCCGAACCUUCUAGUGCCGAACCAUCCAGUGCUGAACCAUCCAGUGCCGAGCCAUCCAGUGCCGAACCUUCUAGCGCUGAACCAUCCAGUGCUGAACCAUCCAGUGCCGAGCCAUCCAGUGCCGAGCCAUCCAGUGCCGAACCUUCUAGUGUGGAGCCAUCCAGUGCUGAACCUUCUAGCGUGGAGCCAUCCAGUGCCGAACCUUCCAGUGCUGAACCUUCCAGUGCUGAACCAUCCAGUGCUGAACCAUCCAGUGCUGAACCUUCUGCCGUUAUAUCGACUACUUCUACUGGGCACCCACUGACACCUACUUCAACAGUUAUAAGUAAGACCACCAUUCCUUCCACUACAAUCAUCACCGUAACUUCGUGUUCAAACCACAAAUGUUCUGUUAUUCCUAUAACCACGGGGAAAACCGUUGUAACUUUAACCGAAAAUGGGUCAGUAACGUCAUAUACAACGUAUCGUCCAAUUUCAACAACCCCAUACACUAGUGAAUAUCAACCAUCUACGAUAGUGAAAACCAUAACUACGGGGGUUUCCAUAGCAACAACAGUGGUGAAUGGGAAAGAAACAACAUACACAACAUUUUGCCCUAUCGAUUCAGAGCCUCCAACCCUGCCUUCAGCAAUUACUAUCACUAUUACUACAUGCAAUAGUGGUAAAUGCUCACAUGUUACAAAAGCCACUGGACAGAUUAUUACAAAAGCAGUCGUUGAUGAAAUCCCUACCAAAUAUACAAAGUAUGUUCCACUUUCCACGGGAACGCAAAGUAAGCUUCAGACUACUGUCUUUACCGCCACAUUCACAAAGUCCAUUGUAACUGCUACUGCCGAAGAGAUUGAAACAACAUAUGAAACAUACGUACCAGUGACAACAACUGCUUCGUACAAGAUACCAGUUCCACCAAGUAACUCAGUUCAGGAGCAAGCCCAUACAUACCCAGAUAAUCCUACUUUGACAGAAGAAACCCAAAUUACAACACCAUCUAUUUCAAUUGCUUCAGCAGAACUGACACUAAUCAGCAAGCCGUUUUCAUCCGGCUUUACUACCACACCAAUAAUUUUUGGAUCUUCUAGUACAGGCAGCGUGUCACCUCAAGUCCCCGAUGUUUCUACUGGAGGAACCAGAAAGACUUAUAGUGUCACGAUUUCAAUGUUCUUAGCAGGAGUAUUGGCCAAUUUUCUCAUGUAAGAUAUCAUAUCUCACAUAUUACCCAGCUACCCUCUUUCGUUGACAGAUUUUACUUUGAUCUGUCCUUACUUACUUAAUUUUCAGUUUCAGAUUUAUAUUGGUUACUCAAGGGACAAAUUGUCUUAUUGUUCUUCGUUUCGAUGGCUGCAAACUUGUAGUGAAGUUUAUAUUUCGUCCUCUAUUCUUAUUAUAUCCACAAAUUUAAUUCCUACCUGUACUGCCGUAUGUAUUUCUUUGAAGUUGGACCUUUCCAUUAUUAAACAAGCAACAAAAUUCAAAACAUUAAGAGGAUAAAAUUAUAUAAUAAAAAUAAUAAUAAUAAUAUGGACUGUUUGCUAUCUACGUCCUGAUUAUUAGCCAAUAUAAUAUUUGCAUUUGACAGUAGGUAUACCAAACAUAUAGCCACCUCACUCUAUUUUUACGCGCUUGUAGAAACUCACAUCCCGAGUAGCUACAGCCAGAUACUACAAGUGCCAGUCUAUCAUUGACAGC